AUGGCUCCUCAGAGAUGGGACCCUUAUCGGAUUCUAACCCUCACAUCUUCUGACAGCACCAGCAUGUUAUGUGUCCGCUGGUCGAAUCUAUUUGUCACGGGCUGUCAGUUCCGCAUUUCUAACGAAAAUCUUCACAAAGCCCGCGCGGUCUUGGAUAUUUUGGAGACAAGGCCAUCGGAAGAAGCGCUUAAAAGAUUGACGGAGCUCACGAAGCUGUGUCUCUGCGAGUAUCAUGGCAGCAACCAAGCGAAUAAUGUCGAAGAGUACUGGGCGUCCUUGGUUGAAAACGCUACGAAGGGCGAUCGCGUCGUCGAAGCGCUCAAGGCGCUGAACCGGCUACUAAAGGCCACAUUCGAGAAGGAGCUCGGCGAGGGGAAACGACUUGAGGGCAUGUGGAAAGUAGCAGAGGAAGGGCAAGAAUGUAAGGAGGUUGAGGAAGUGAGCUUCCAACUGGGAGCAGCACAAGAUACAGCGAGUGUUCGGAAAAAAGCCUACAAUAAUGCUCGUGCAGCUCGGAAAAAGCAUCUCCAAGAAGUGCAGAGGCUGCAGUUUGAGGUUGCCAACGCCCGACAAAUAUCAACCCAACGCCAGAAAGCUCAAAUGGCGACAUCCAAAAAGACUGAAGCCUUGAAAAUUCAGGUAGAUGAAUUGCAGUCGCAACUUGGAAUUCAGCAUCAGACAUCGAAUUCUUUGAGAGGCGAACUAGACAAGAAAAGAGAAGUUGAGGAUGAUCUACUAGCACAAAUUGGAUAUAUGCAAACGGAGCUAUCUACCGAACGCCAAAAUUCGAAGAGGGUGAAAGACACCCUAUGCGAGGUUGAAAAACUCCAAGUAGUGCUCCAGCAAGUAAUAAAGGGCCUGCAAUCGGAUUCAGCAGUACCAUACGCACGCAUCAAGGGUUUAUAUCGAGAAUAUAUUAGGUUAAAGGGACAAGAGGAAGCGUUACAUACGCAACUCUGCUACAACCAAAGGGUUCUUAGUGCCACUCAGGCCGAGCUUGAAGAGAGCUGCAAAGCGCUUAAUGAGCAAAAGGUCGUUGCCACUAACAGGGAGAAAGCACUUCUAGCUCAGGAAUUGGACACCCAAACUGUUCUUGAUAGCACUAAGCUUGAAUUGAAGAACACUGCCACAGCACUCAAGGACCAAAAGUCUAUCAUGGCUACCACGCAGGAAGCUCUUCUAGCCAGGAUUUCCGACGGCCGAAGUGCACUUGAAACCACCCAACUUGAGCUAAAGCAUUCGCAUAAAGCCCAGGAGGUACAGCAAUGCGCCUCUACUUCCAGGGAAACAGACCUUCUCGCUCAAAUUUCGGGCAUUCAAGCUGCUCUGAAUAACGCCCGCCUUGAACUGGACGAAGUGCGCCGAACCAACAAUGAGCAAAAUGCAUUGCAGGAGCGAGGGAGGUGGAGAUUUUGGAAGAAGGGAAGGGACUGA